CCGCUCCGUGAUAGGUAUAAAGAUCGUGGCUGUGGUUCACGAAGACUCGGGACCCCUCCAUUCUCUCUUUCUUCCUACUCCCACCCUCACUCGCCUGCUCUCUCUCCAGCCAGCACUGCCGAUCAGCCACUUCAACUUACAGAAGUAAAGCGACCAACACUUGGAGAUCCAUCUAACCCGUAUCAAAAAUGGCACCAUCCGCAACACUGGAAGCCGUUGAGCCGGUCACCCUCUCUCAGAAGAGUGGUAUCCACACCGCCAACGGCAAGAUCUCUGCCAAUCCUGCUGCUCAAGUCCUCGAGGGAAAAUGGAAAGAGUUCACUUUCCACCCCAUCCGGGAGUCCCAGGUCGCCCGGGCCAUGUCUCGCCGAUACUUCAACGACCUCGACAACUAUGCCGAGUCUGACAUUGUCAUCGUCGGCGCUGGUUCGUGCGGGUUGAGCACUGCCUACACACUCGCCAAGGCUCGCCCUGACUUGAAGAUUGCCAUCAUCGAGGCUAGCGUCUCUCCGGGCGGUGGUGCCUGGCUCGGGGGCCAGCUGUUCAGCGCCAUGGUGAUGCGUAAGCCGGCCGACGAGUUCUUGACCGACCUCGGCAUCCCAUUCGAGGACGAGGGCGCCUACGUCGUGGUCAAGCACGCCGCCCUCUUCACGUCGACCCUGCUGUCGAAGGUGCUGGCUUUCCCCAACGUCAAGCUCUUCAACGCGACCACGGUCGAGGAUCUGAUUACCCGCCGCGACGAGUCCGGCGGACUCCGCAUCGCCGGUGUCGUCACCAACUGGACCCUCGUGGCCAUGCACCACGACGACCAGUCCUGCAUGGACCCCAGCACCAUCAACGCGCCCAUCAUCAUCAGCACCACCGGCCACGACGGCCCGUUCGGCGCCUUCAGCGCCAAGCGCCUGGUCAGCAUGCAGGCCCUCGAGAAGCUCGGCGGCAUGCGCGGGCUGGACAUGAACACGGCCGAGGACGCCAUCGUCAAGGGCACCCGCGAGAUCGUGCCCGGCCUGAUUGUCGGCGGCAUGGAGCUGAGCGAAGUCGACGGGGCCAACCGCAUGGGCCCGACCUUCGGCGCCAUGGCCCUGUCCGGCGUGAAGGCUGCCGAGGAAGCGCUCAAAGUGUUCGACCUGCGCCAGAAGGAGAACGCGUUCUAAAUUCGGGGUCCGCUAGGAUGGAGCGUGGAUGUGGUUCUAGGGAGGAUUCGGUUGCCCGUGGCUGGCUAGUUGUUGGCCGUGAGCGCGUAUGGUUUCUCACCUAGAUGCUGAUAGGUACCGGAAUGUCACAACCUGGCAACGUAGCGAAAUACAUUCAUUAGGACGUAUAUGUACACCCUUUGAACAA